AUGUCCCCCCCCCCUUUGGGUCUACCAAAAGCACCUUCAUCAGACGGCAAGCUGGCGACCGGAGCAGGAAAGGAAUGCAAGAAGGAGGAGGAUGAGUAUGAGGUGGAGGAGGUUUUGGACCGCAGAGUGGUGGAGGGAAGAGUAGAGUUUCUGCUGAAAUGGAAGGGGUUCUCAGAUGAGGAUAACACAUGGGAGCCACAAGACAACCUGGACCUCGACCUUAUCGCCGAGUACAUGCCGAAACACAAGGAGACGGAGGAGAAGAAGAAGGAGGGCAAGAGAAAAGGUGUCAGGGAGGAGGAGGUGAGUGAAAGAAAGAGGGUACUCCAGACUGAAGAGUCCCAGAAAUCUAAUCUCAAUAUUAAUGAAUCGGUAGACCUGGUGGAGACCUUCAUGGCCGCCAGGCAAACUGGUAGAGGCUAUCGUCUGGGCCUUCAACAGCAGGACGUGAGAAAGAAUGACCCAGCAGACCAGCAAGAGCCGGAGAGGACAUUCUCUGGUAGUGUGGCCGAGCGGUCUAAGGUGCUGGAUUGA